AUUCCAACUCAAAGUACUAAUUCCAAUUUCUUGGCAAAGAAAUGAGUUUUCAGUUCACUUUCGUUUGUGAAUCGGUUAAGACAUUUCAUACACUUUGAUAUCAUUGAUCGUGUCGGUUGCGGGUAUUUGUUUUCACCGUUGAUUGUAUACCUACAUAUGUCUGUUGCUGUAAAGCAUUACGUGUUGAUAGAGUCGUGAAAAUACAUUUCGUAACAAAAAUUAACCAGUUAGCACUUUUUCUUGGGCUUGUUUAAAUUUAAAGCGCUGGGCAAACGUAUAUGAAUACGCGUUGGUUUAAUUAUUCUUCAAAAGAAAGUUAUUCUUCAUUUUCUUCCAUUUACGCACAUAACUUCUGGCAAACCAUUCAUGCUUUUAUUCCGUUCUGUAUUUGUUGGUUUACUUAAAAGGCAUAUUGCGGUUAAUGUGUUAAUAAAAGAAUCAUCUUCAAUAGUUCUCUAGUUCAAUUAAACAAAAACCUAAAUUAAGACCAAUUUAUUAUUCAUUAUAAAAUCCAAAAAUGGAAAGGUUCCUUAUGAUUUUGUGGAUGUUUUUUGUUAUAUUGCCGCCCUAUACACGAGAAGAAAUAAUAAAUGCAGACGUUUUUAAUAUCGAUGCAAAAUCAAAUAACACAAGCGAACCAAAAAUUCACGAAAUGCAAAUGAUAAAUGAAUAUACUAAAAGUGAAAGUAAUUACAGAGAAACAACAAAUUUCUCCAUUCUUAGUUUGAAAGAUAUGUUUAAUGUGUUUGACGCGAAAAACAUUGCACUAAACUGGAGUAAAAUUUCUAAGUCAAAGAUUUCGAAAAACUGCACAGAACAAGUGUUUAGCUUUUUAAAAGGAUUGAAUAGAAGACAAAUGUGGGCAACUAAAAUGAAUGAUGCAUCCGGACACUAUACUUCAGGAUUUUUUUAUGGAAAUAAUUAUUGGAUGGGAUCAAUGUCACUUUGUGAAUCAAUUUACAAUCCGGAAAAUGAAAACUUUAGACUUAAUAAUGAAAAGGGAUCAAAAAACUCAGGAUUACCUUUUGCUGCAGCACACCAGCAUUUAUACCGCUCAGUACGUCAUCAAAACCCAUCAUUUAAACCGGGAUUUUUUAUUUUAAAAAUGUUGUUUAAUAUAACAUUCGAUGUGCAAGUGAUCCGAAAAAUUUACGUUGGAGUUUGCCUUCCGUCUGCUUGUUCCAUCAAAGAUGUAGGAGAACUUGUAAUGAAUUCGCAAACUGAAGUUUCAUACCGUCAAGUUGAAUUAAUUGACAUUCGAGUUCCAACAUCUAAUGUUUAUAGCCUAUUUCAGGACUCAACAUUCUGGAUUCUUACAGUCGUUUCAAUUAUAGUUUUCGUAUUGAUUAUCAUGGGGACAUUUUAUGAAACAUACUUAACAAAUCGAUUUCGUCGAGCUUUGCGGGAGCAUGAAAAGGAAAUGAUAAACAAUAGCGAAACCUCUUCAGGUAUUGGUUGUGGAGCUUCUGAUUACAGUGAAACAGUAAAAAAUGGUCUAAAAAACGAAUUUAAGGGUUCAAAUAUUGUUCUGAGUCUCCCACGUGCAGACAUUUUCAACAAAAAUAUGAAAUCGGAUGAACACUUCGAGGGUCAUAUUCCAGAACAAAAAAAAUUGAGCGUUUGGUCAGAACUUUUGCUAUCAUUUUCAGUCAUAACCAACUUUAAUGCAAUUUGCGAUCGCAACGUGGGACCAGAUACUAUCCCAUCAUUUCACGGUCUAAAAGCUUUUUCCAUGGCCUGGAUAAUAUUGGGACACACGUGUAUUGUAAUUUUUAAGUAUUCUGACAACAUGGAAAUGCGUAAGGAGGUCGAAAAGAACUUCUUCUUUCAGGCUAUUACAAAUGGGCCUUUUAGUGUUGAUACAUUCUUUUUUUUAAGUGGAGUUUUGGUGUCUUAUAUAUACUUUAGAACAAAUGCUAAAGGAAACCUUAAUAAUUUAACGAAGGGAGCAAAUGAGUUGACCACUGGUCUCGUACAUUUCACUGGAUUGGUUGGAUAUCGCUUUGUAAGAUUAACUGCUCCCUACAUGUAUGUUCUUUUUGUUGUCCAAAUCACAAUGAAAUAUUUAGAUGCAUUUUCAAUCUUCGAUCCACCUACUAUGGAUCACAUAACAUGUCCUAAAUAUUGGUGGAGAAACCUUUUGUACAUCAAUACUUUAUUUCCCGUUGAUGAAAUGUGUAUGCUCUGGAGUUGGUACCUUGCUAACGACACGCAGUUCUACAUAAUUGGAGCUAUAAUUUUAAUUGUUGCCGUUCGUCACUUUAAGCUAGCAGCCACCACUAUGUUUGUAUUCUUAUUCUCAUCGUGGAUCACGACAGCUAUUAUCGCCUUCAGAAACAACCACAAACCUAAUACUGAUGACCCACUCGCACUUUUUGACAAAAUUUAUGACAAACCAUGGACACGAUUGGGUCCCUAUUUGAUAGGAAUGUCUGUGGGGUGGAUACUAUUUAAGACAAAUUGCAAGAUACAUUUUUCGAAGACCAUAGUUUUAGUGGCGUGGACGUUAGCUAUGACAAAUUUGUUUGUACUAGUGUUUGGUCUUUAUAACAUGGAACUUUCUCAACUAACAGCAGCUGCUUAUAGUUCGUUAAGCCAUUCAGCAUGGGCUAUGUCACUGGCUUGGAUAACUAUUGCUUGUUCAACUGGGUAUGGUGGGCUUGUUAACACCAUUCUCUCAGCCCCUUGCCUGUACCCGUUUUCAAGAGUAACAUACUGUGCGUAUCUUGUGCAUCCAAUUGUGAUAAGAGCAAUGGCACUCAGCUCUGAUGCUCCGAUGCAUUUGGGGGCAGAGUCAAUGAUUGUGACUUUUUUUGGACUCGUGGUUUGUUCGUGGAUACUAUCAUUCUUAGUCUCGUUAUCGUUUGAAGCGCCUGUUGUGACAAUGCUCAAAAUAUUAACACCAAACCGAAAGAAGCUAGUGAAGUAAAGAUGGAGAUCAUCAACAACGACCUUAGCAUAACAAAACUUACCAAACUGAAACAUACUACAGAAAUAUAAUGUUUGUUUUUUAAUUCGAAAUUUAAUAAAACAGAGAAAUAUCAGAAAACUAAUACCUUAUUAAAAUAUACAAUAAAAUACACAAAAUUAUGAAAAUCCAAAAUCCAUU